AUGCUGGGGAGCAGAGCCAUGACCCUGCUGCUGCUGCUGCUGCUGACCUGCCGGGCCACACGGGGCCGGGCUGUGCCCACGGGCAGCGGGCCUGCCUGGGCGCAGUGCCAGCGGCUCUCACAGAAGCUCUGCACGCUGGCCUGGAGUGCGCAUCCGCCCACGGGGCACGUGGAUCUACCAAGAGAAGCAGGAGAAGAGGAAGAUGAGACGACAAAUGAUGUUCCCCACAUUCAGUGUGAGGACGGCUGUGAUCCCCAAGGUCUCCGUGACAACAGCCAGGCCUGCUUGCAAAGGAUCCACCAGGGCCUGGUAUUUUACGAGAAGCUGCUGGGCUCAGACAUUUUCACAGGGGAGCCUUCUCUCCUCCCCGAUGGCCCUGUGAGCCAGCUCCACGCCUCUCUCCUGGGUCUCAGGCAGCUUCUGCAGACCGAGGGGCCCCACUGGGCGACUGAGCAGACUCCAAGCCCCGGCCCCAGCCAACCAUGGCAGCGGCUCCUUCUCCGCCCUAAGAUCCUCCGCAGCCUCCAGGCCUUUGUGGCUGUAGCUGCCCGGGUCUUUGCCCACGGGGCUGCGACCCUGAGCCCCUGA